AUGAUAUUCAACACAACACGUCAGGUGCCCGUCUGGACAUUCACUGGCAACAUCCUUGCCACUACCUGGUUCGGUCUCUACUUUGCCGAGACCACCGGAUCAGUCAACCUCAACUACUUCCUCCCAUACCCAUACGGUAUAGGAUCUGGUCAAUUUGGCGCUGUUACACUCCAAGUCUCACAUUCCAAGGUAGUCUCCAAGUACCAGAACCCACUCACCUCGCUCACCACCACAGCCCUUGGCUUCUUCCAGACGACUUCGACUGUAACGGCCUUGUGA